UGUACGGUCUUGUGCUUCGUGCCGAGCCGUCGGGGCAGCCGGCAGCCGCCAGCGUCCCUGUGCGCCAGGAAGAUGCUGCCGAUCCGGAAGACCGCGAAGCAGGGCAAAAGGGGUAUUCUAGAGCGCUUAGAUGCUGGAGAAAUUGUGAUUGGAGAUGGAGGAUUUGUCUUUGCUCUUGAAAAGAGGGGAUAUGUAAAAGCUGGGCCUUGGACUCCUGAAGCAACAGUAGAACACCCAGAAGCAGUUCGUCAGCUUCAUCGGGAGUUCCUCAGAGCUGGAUCCAAUGUUCUGCAAACAUUCACCUUCUACGCCAGUGAGGACAAACUGGAGAACAGAGGCAAUUAUGUAGCUGAGAAAAUAAGUUGCCAGAAAGUGAAUGAAGCUGCUUGUGACAUUGCAAGAGAAGUAGCUAAUGAAGGCGAUGCUUUAGUGGCUGGAGGAGUCAGCCAAACACCAUCAUAUUUAAGCUGCAAGGAUAAAGCAGAGGUGAAAGCAGCCUUCCGGAAGCAACUAGAUGUCUUUAUGAAGAAGAAUGUGGACUUCCUUAUUGCAGAGUAUUUUGAACAUGUUGAAGAGGCUGUCUGGGCAGUUGAAGUUCUAAAAGAAUCUGGAAAACCAGUAGCAGCUACAAUGUGCAUUGGCCCAGAAGGAGACAUGCAUGGUGUGCCCCCUGGACAAUGUGCUGUCCAACUGGUAAAGGCUGGUGCUUCUAUUGUUGGAGUCAACUGCCACUUUGAUCCAGAUACUUCCCUGGAAACAGUGAGACUGAUGAAAGAGGGCUUGCAGGCUGCUAAGCUGAAAGCUCACCUGAUGUCCCAACCACUUGCUUUCCAUACACCUGAUUGUGGAAAGCAGGGUUUUAUUGAUCUCCCAGAAUUUCCCUUUGGUCUGGAGCCAAGAAUUGUAACCAGAUGGGAUAUUCAAAAAUAUGCAAGAAAGGCCUAUGACUUAGGAGUUCGUUACAUUGGAGGUUGCUGUGGAUUUGAGCCAUACCAUGUCCGAGCAAUAGCUGAGGAACUGGGUCCUGAAAGAGGAUUUUUGCCAGAAGCUUCUGAGAAACAUGGUAGCUGGGGCAAUAGCCUGAGCAUGCAUACCAAACCCUGGGUCAGAGCAAGGGCAAGAAAAGAAUACUGGGAAAAUCUGAAGCCUGCUUCAGGCAGGCCAUAUUGUCCUUCAAUGUCAAAGCCAGAUGGCUGGGGAGUGACCAAAGGAGCUAAGGAGCUGAUGCAACAGAAAGAAGCAACAAGUGAACAACAGCUGAAGGAGCUCUUCCAGAAACAGAAGGUCUAAUCCACUGCAGUUCUGUAAAUGUUAUAAUAAUGUAUCUACAGACCAUGCCUCACAAGAAAAUCUGUGAAGAUGCAUAUGCUGUUGAUUUAUCAGUUAAGAUGUAGUGGAAAAGACAAAAUGCAGAAAGAAUGUGAUUAAAGAUUAAAUGUCAAAAUCUUUCUCUGGACAAAUAGUUUAGAGAAUACAGUCAGAAGGAAGUUAGGUUUUUCAUAAUAAUUGAGCUUCUGUUAGCUAGGUGCUAUUAAUUGGAUAGACACAGAAAUACGUGGAAAGUAAUAACAGGUUCAACUCACCUGUGGAAAGAGAAAAAGCUAGCUAUAAAUAUAGUAUCAAUGGACUUCCACUCCUAAGUCUGUUUUCAGUUGGGGAUUAUAUAGGAGUUUCCUCAGACCUCAAGAUUUGUUGAGGGUACUUCAGGGACACACAAGCUGCCAAUAGUUGAGACACACAGUUAUCUAUAGUUGCUUUCUUGACUUCAAAAGAAUAAAAGUAAACUGGAAAAUACAUCUUAUAAUCAGAAUAAAAAGAACAGAACAGUCUUGCAGGAAUUUCUUAUAUGCAGUAGAAAGGUUUAGAGAACUUUCAGGAAAGAAAAAUGGCAGGUAAAUAACUCACUACUUCUGUCUCAAGAUACUGUGCACUCAAGAUUUAUGCCUCUGGAGACUAAAAAGCUUAAGAGAUUAUUCUAAAAUAAAUAAAUAAAAAGAAAUAAAAGUAAUAUGAUGGAAAAGUAUUGUAUUAUCUUCACACCUUAAAUUGUAAGAGUUCAAAGAGAAUCACAUAACUCCAUUAAACAAAUAAUUUUCAAAUGA